GCCCCAGUAGAUAGUUGUAUGUCAUAGUUGCACAUCCUUCUAGUUGCUGUAUGUGGGACGCGGCCUCAACACGGCUGGAGAAGCGGUGCAUUGGUGCGCGCCCAGGAUCCGAACCCAGGCCACCAGUAGCGGUGCGCGCGCACCUAACCACUAAGCCAUGGGGCCGGCCCAGAAAUGGUAAAGUUUUAAAAUUCAUCCUGUAGUUAUAACUUGGAAACUUUGUACAGCUUUAUUACCUAUUAACUAUGUGUUUUGGGCUUUGGUACUACUGUUUUUCUAUCAAUUAACCCGAAAUGAAACUACAGUGAGAAGGUGAGAACUUGAUCUCCUCUCCAUCCAGCCACCUCCUCUUGAUCUGGCUGCAGCUAGUUGUGGUCUCCCUCUGAAUCAGAUUAGGAUCCAGAAACUUUUCUCCCCUCAACUCUCAUAUCAUUAGAUGGUGAUCUCUAGGUAGAAGAGGGACACUGUGAUGCAUUUAGAGAAGUAAAAUAUCCUAAUCAGUGUUUCUCAAAUUUGAGAAACCCAUAGGACCAUUAACAUUUUUUAAGAUAACUUCAGUGUUAUUUUUAUUGUAGUGUUACUGAAAUGUGUACAAACAAAACUAUGCCUACAGCUUCCAUAGAACUAUAAAAUUUACCGUGAACUGAUGACUGUUUUGCUGAGUCUAAGUCACUGCUAAUGACAUGAGUAGUGUUAGGACUGUGGCAGUGGUGGGACUCAGGUGGGCGUGCCUAUGCCACUGUGUGCUGAGAAAUGAUCCCAGUCUCCUACCUUCACCACCUUCCCUUUAGUGAGACUGCUGCAGAGCCACUGUGCCUGCAGAGUGCUGUGAUGUCACUUGGCCUUCGCUAGAACUGAACACAAUUACAAAGUCUAUUCUUUGGUUAUUAGCUUGUGACAGUUAAAGUAUUAACACUUGAAGUCAAUGCAAUGAAUUCUGAAGCAAUAUUUGGCUAGAAGGUGCUAAUGCUGUUUUGUUUUUUAAGAUUAUAGCUGAAAUAAAAACAUUUAGACACUGUCAGAACUCAGAGACUGAAAGAACACUGUCCUGGUGGAUAAGUGUGUGUGGCCCACUCAGGGCCCCAGCUGUGCCAGCUGGACUUGUGGGAUGGUGAGCUAGCCACUAGAAUCCCUGAAUGUCCAUUUCCUCAUCUCUAAUGCAGUAGAUAAUGGUACCUCCCAUGUAGGGCUGUUGUGAGAAUAAAAUAAGAUGCAGGUAAAUCUCUUAGCUCCGUGCCGGCCAUGAAGUCAGUGGGUGUUCAAUGAGCCCUCUUCCCCCGUGGGUGCUAAAGAAGUCAUAGAUACAAGAAAGAUCAAGGGGCCAGCCCGGUGGUGUAGCAGUUAACUUCGCACGUUCCUCUUUGGCGGCCCAGGAUUCGCCAGUUCAGAUCCUGGGCGCGGACCUACUCACAGCUCAUCAGGCCAUGCUGAGGCAGUGUCCCACAAAGAAGAGCUACAACUCUACAACUAUGAUACACAACUAUGUACUGGGGCUUUGGGGAGAAAAAAAGAAAAAGAGGAAGAUUGACAACAGAUGUUAGCACAGAGCCAAUCAUCUUCUUCAAAAAAAGAUCAAGGGUUUGAACAAUAUAAGAGUCUUGAAGUGGGUUUCGAAUAGCUUUAGAUGAGUGUAUCAGAAAAGUGGAAGGUAGCAGAACGGGGAGGGGAUUAACAGUGGAAGGUUCUGACCACUGUCUCUUGCUCACUCUAUUCAUCCAUUUGAAGUUGUGCACACACUUCUAGGCUGGGCUUUGCACUCUAAACUGUGCCGUGGGCAGGAAGUCCAUUGAAACAGGUAUUGCCCCAUGUGUCUUAUAAGAGCAAUAGGUAUCAUCCAGCAAUUUGAUAUAAGAAAAAUCUCUGCAGCCAACCUGUCCAUAUAUUCAUACGGUUGUAAGUAAACUUACCCAGUAUUCAUCUCCAAGAAGCAAGAACUGAAAAAUGACAGCCCAAAGGAAGGACGGAAAUACCUCCUCUGAAGUAGAUUCUAUCUAGCACCCCUGAAGUAGGUUUGGUAAGCCAUGGAGUUUUUGAAGUAAAAGCCAAAACUCUUUCUGUGAGCCAAACAUGGCGGUAUCAUGCCAGUUCUAUUAUGGAAUAUCUCUGUGUGGCCCUGAAACUGGCCUGAGUGUGACUUGUGGAGUUAAUGAUUACCUUAGCAGUUGUCUAAACUCUUGGUUCCACUGGGCUACAGGCAGUUCACCUGCAGAGGAGUCUCCAUAAAGCAGCAUGUUUCCUUUGCUCUUUGGGGCUGGACUGGUGGUUCUGAACCUAGUGACCUCUGCUAGGAGCCAGAAGACAGAAACCCUUAGUGGCUCUGGGGACCAGCCACUCUUCCGUGAAGCAGAUCGAUGUGACUUUGCCAUCAUGAUCCCUCCAGGAGGCACAGAAUGCUUUUGGCAAUUUGCCCACCAGACUGGAUACUUCUAUUUCAGUUAUGAGGUUCAGCGGACAGUGGGAAUGUCACAUUACCGGCAUGUUGCUGCCACUGCACAUACCCCACAGGGUUUCCUCAUAGAUACCUCUCAGGAUGUUCGGGGCCAGAUUAACUUCUCUACCCAAGAGACAGGUUUUUAUCAGCUUUGUCUAAAAAAUCAGCAAAAUCGCUUUGGUUCUGUGCAAGUGUACCUCAGUUUUGGAGUCUUCUAUGAGGACCCUGAGAUGGACCACAAACAGAAGGAAAGAAAACAACUGAAUGAUACUCUGGAUGCAAUUGAGGAGAGUACACAAAAGCUGCAGAACAAUAUCUUUCACAUGUGGCGAUACUACAACUUUGCCCGCAUGAGGAAAACAGCUGACUUUUUCCUUCUCCAAUCAAACUAUAACUAUGUGAACUGGUGGUCGACAGCCCAGAGCCUUGUUAUUGUUCUUUCUGGGAUCCUUCAGCUGUAUUUCUUGAAGCGUCUCUUCAACGUCCCAACAACUACAGAUACAAAAAAGCCAAGAUGCUAAGCUAAAACGACUAUAGCGCCCUGGCUCUCCUUCUGGGGCAGAAGCUUUGUCAAAGCUUUGGUCAAAUCACCUUUGUAAAGUUAUUGUAAAAAAUCAAUUUCUCUUGUUAGAAAGUUUUAGUCUAUUGCUUUCAUCUAUGCAGGCAAAAUGGCAAUAAAGUAAUAAAAAUGUAUAAGUUUUGACAUUGGCUAUUUCUAAAGUAUGCACUAAAUGUUACCAUUAAAAUACUGCUCAUCAUAUAGCAGUUCCUUAACCUUCACUAAGUCUAUUUAGAGGUUAACAGAGAACCUUGGAAGGGAGAGGAGUUGAAAAAAACGGGACAAAAACAUAAAACCUGGUUUUCUACAUUGCAUACAAAAACAGGAGUUGGUAGACUGCUUUUUCAUAGUUGAAAAAUGUUUUAUUUUUAGAAAUGUCACCUUUGGAAUUUAAAACAAGCAGUAUAUUCGUUAAAGAAAUUGUUUUACA